UACACCAGCAUUUACAACACUUUGAUUAAAAGAAACUCUGUCUACGUUGGUACCAUCUUCGUUGGUGCUUUCGUCUUCCAAGGUUUCUUCGAUGUUGCCGUCACUAAAUUUUACGAAAACCACAACAAAGGUAAAUUAUGGAAAGAUAUCAAAGGUAAAUACCUUGAAGGUGGUGAUGAUGAAGCUGAA